AUAGUGUGUUGGGAAAAAAUUAAGAAUGGCUCGUCUACGUCUACGAGAAUUAGAACAGUAUCUUCAGCAAUUAGAUGCAUUUGAGAAACCUAAGAUAUUGUUAGAGCAAUACCCAACAAGUGCUCAUAUUGGAGCACAGAUUUUAUAUGCAGCACAGUUUCAGUAUGCUGACAUAGAGAAUAAAACUGUGGCUGAUCUCGGAGCUGGAUGUGGUGUUCUCUCACUAGGUUCUCAAAUGCUUGGUGCCAGCCAUGUUCUAAGCUUUGAAAUAGAUCCAGAUGCUCUUGAAAUCCUCAUUAGAAAUUCUAAUGAAAUUGAUAUGAAUACAGAAGCAGUCCAAUGUGAUGUACUUACUUACCUACCAGGCAAAUUUGAAAAAUACUUUGACACAGUGGUAAUGAAUCCACCAUUUGGAACAAAACACAAUGCUGGCGUCGACAUGAGAUUUCUGGAAAUUGCCUGUAAGCUCGCCAACAAUGCUGUGUAUUCACUCCAUAAGACUAGCACUCGUCGAUACGUUCUUAAACGAGCUAUGGAUCUUGGUGCGAAAGGGAAUGUCAUAGCUGAACUACGAUAUGACCUACCGCAAGCUUACAAGUUUCACAAGAAAUCCAGUGUUGACAUUCAGGUUGACUUUAUAAGGUUUGAAAUAAAUCCUUAAAGUCCAUCUGAACUUUAUCGCAAGUUUCUUUUUCA